UAAAUCUCCCGUUUAUAAUAAUAAUUGAUUGAUAUUUAUUCAAUCAAUUAUCUCUAUUUGCCCUCUGCGAGCCGGCAAUCACAUUCAGCAGCAUCUUCCUCUCUUUUCCCUUUUCUCUCUCUGUUUUCUCUCGAUCCUUCCCCUCCCCUUCUUCGAGAGAGAUCGGAUUCGGAUUCGGGAUGAGGGAAAUUAUCAGUCUUCACAUUGGUCAAGCUGGAAUUCAGGUCGGCAAUUCUUGUUGGGAGCUUUAUUGCCUCGAACAUGGCAUCCAGCCGGAUGGUUUGAUGCCCAGUGACACGUCCAUCGGUGUUGCACAUGAUGCUUUCAACACGUUUUUCAGCGAAACUGGUUCGGGCAAGCAUGUUCCUAGGGCAAUAUUUGUGGAUCUGGAACCAACUGUUAUCGAUGAAGUAAGGACUGGGACGUACCGACAGCUUUUCCAUCCGGAACAGCUCAUAUCUGGUAAAGAAGAUGCUGCAAAUAAUUUUGCCAGAGGACAUUAUACAGUGGGUAGGGAAAUAGUUGAUCUAUGCCUUGACCGAGUGCGAAAAUUAGCCGACAAUUGCACUGGUUUGCAAGGGUUCUUAGUAUUUAAUGCUGUUGGCGGUGGCACUGGAUCUGGAUUGGGGUCAUUACUUUUGGAACGCUUGUCUGUGGAUUAUGGAAAGAAGUCAAAGCUUGGAUUUUCCAUAUAUCCUUCCCCACAGGUAUCUACUGCUGUGGUAGAACCCUACAACAGUGUGCUUUCCACUCAUUCUCUGCUAGAACACACGGAUGUAGCUGUUCUUCUGGAUAAUGAAGCCAUUUACGAUAUCUGUAGGAGAUCGUUGGAUAUUGAAAGACCAACUUACACCAACUUGAACCGCUUGAUAUCCCAAGUUAUCUCUUCUUUAACCACUUCCCUGCGGUUUGAUGGUGCUAUCAACGUGGAUAUAACCGAGUUUCAAACUAACCUUGUACCUUAUCCACGUAUUCAUUUCAUGCUCUCGUCUUAUGCUCCUGUGAUUUCUUCUGCAAAAGCUUACCAUGAACAGUUAUCCGUCCCUGAGAUAACCAAUGCCGUAUUUGAUCCCUCAAGCAUGAUGGUCAAGUGUGACCCAAGGCACGGAAAGUACAUGGCAUGUUGUUUGAUGUAUAGAGGAGAUGUUGUACCCAAGGAUGUGAAUGCUGCUGUUGCUACCAUCAAAACUAAGCGAACAGUUCAAUUUGUUGACUGGUGUCCUACUGGCUUCAAAUGCGGUAUUAACUAUCAACCCCCAAGCGUUGUUCCUGGGGGUGAUCUCGCCAAGGUGCAGCGAGCUGUCUGUAUGAUAAGCAACAGCACAGCCGUGGCCGAAGUCUUUUCAAGAAUUGACCACAAAUUCGAUCUUAUGUACGCUAAGCGCGCAUUUGUCCAUUGGUACGUGGGGGAGGGUAUGGAGGAAGGUGAAUUCUCUGAAGCCCGUGAGGAUCUUGCUGCUCUAGAAAAGGACUACGAGGAAGUCGGGGCCGAAGAUGUCGAUGAAGAGGAAGAAGGGGAAGAUUAUUAAUCCCAUGAAUAAUAAUACCCUGUGUAUCUUUUUUCCAUUGUUUUCGUGUUUGUUUCUUGUUAAGUCAGUUGUGCAAUGUUUCAUACAUGGGUGAUCUUGAAGGUGUGGUUUCUGUUUUGUAUGAUUCUGGGUCUCUGUCAUUCUAUUGAUUUCGAAAUUUACAGUGUUUAGAAACUACUUGCAAAUUUUAUUAUAAGGAGCUGAGGUUUCUGUAAAGAUCUUUCCGAGGAGUCGGUUCCCUUUGAACCGUUUGGUGAUGGAAGGAAUUGUAGCUCUUUCUCGGAUUUUCACCUAAGUAAAUCACAAUCAUAUUGCAAGGCCAAAUGCUUUUGGUGUA